GGUAUAUAAGGUGCCGCCACCCACACUUGAUCAUCAUUCACUGCUCCAACUCUCCACUGAUACACAACAUUACCUCACCAUGAUCAAGCAGGUGGCCGUGUUGAUGGUGGUGGUGGUGGGCGUCACUACGGCGCUCCCCUCAGACACAUACAAUCCGGCGCCCAUGCCCUACAACUUCGCUUACGGUGUCAAGGACGACUACUCUGGUGCUAACUUCGGCCACAACGAGGACUCUGAUGGUAACGCUGUCAAGGGCUCCUACAACGUUGUGCUCCCCGACGGCCGCAUCCAAACAGUGACCUACGUGGCUGACCACUACGGCGGCUACCAGGCUCAGGUGAGCUACCAGGGCGAGGCUCAGUACCCUCACGAGUACGGUCCUGCCAUCACCUUCAAGCCCAAUACAUACGGUCAGCCCUCAUACCAAUAGAAUACCUCUGCACAACUAUUAGCUCCCUAGUCAAUGAUGUAUAGUAUAGACGAUUAAUAAAGUAUUGUGAUAUGA